AUGGCGACCAGCGACCGUGCUGCGGACGCCGUACUUUCCGAGGGGGCUUUCCACAUGUUUUUUCUUAUAAUGGAAGAGCACAAGUGCUUGUGGAGAAUCGAUCAUGAAGGCUAUAAGAACGUGGCGAAGAAAGGCCGCAUCUGGAACGAUAUCUGCAAGCGACCGCAGGAAAGAUUUCCCAACCUGGACGUCCUGAGAACAGGGACGCUGCCAAAUAAGACGAUUUUAUGUACUUUUGGGAAUCAGUCGAAGACGUCUACAGCGCGGCCCGAGAAAGGCCUCUGCGACAUCAUUUUCUGGGACUACUUCUACAAAUCUGGGAGGGGCACCUUUCUCGACCGCAGCUCGGUCGGGUUCCAGUGGUUUCUGGAAUUCGCCCGGAUCGACAGCGGAACCACCCAAUUCGGAAUAGGAAUUGACCACGGCAAUGCCCUUGGAGCAUACGACGACCUCAACAAAGCCGAUGGUAGGAGCACAUUUACAGACUUAUGGAAAAUGAACAUCCGGCAUUAUGGACUGCUCAAGUUCCAAGCGCACGCCACUAUAACGAAUAGCAGUACCGUCCAGGACUACAAUAAUCUUUUGAAGAGAUUGAGAGGCCUCCAGGAAGUGAAUAGAGCCGGGGACGUCAAGAAAUUUGGAUACAUCAUCCUCGGUGUUGACCUCUUUGCCCCCAGGACCAGCGACGUCUACAGCUACCUGGACGAUCUUCUCUGGUACGUUCUUAGAUUGCAGGUGGAUGCUUUGGACUAUGUGAAAUGGAAACAACAGUUCACCCAGCGACAACUCAUGGUGUCGUUUUCAAUGGCCACUGUUUGGUCCACGAAGCAGAAUCGAAAAGAUUAUCCUCAACAUUACAGCCUCGGAGCGAGCUGCACGCACUUUCGAAUUGAUUCUAUGUACAAGGCAUGA